ACACAACCAAAGCAUUUCUUAAUUAGUCUAAUUUUAUUGUAACUUUAUCACUGAACUGACAAAAAAAAAGAUAUUCAGAUACGUUUGCAUUGGAGGAUUUUGAGUGUAUAUAUUGUUUUUUCUUCCUCAAGUUUUUCAAAUGUUUAAUCAACAUUGCAAGAAGAAAUUUUUGUGGCACAUACACAAACACAAACACAAUCAAUAUCAAUUGAAUUGUUAAUCUGUUGGACUUGGUCUUCUUCCUUGGUUAUAUGCCAUUACUAAUUUUUCUGAAACUUUUCUUAUAGAAGAAGAAGAAGAACCCAUUAUUGUAAUGAGAAGCCACGCUUUGUUGUGCAGUUUGGACACCACAAGCUUGGCGCAGAUUAUUCAAACAUGCGCCGAAACGAAGCAGCUAAUCAAAGGCAAAGAGCUUCAUGCUCAGCUUCUUCUUACAUGGUAUCCUAUAUGUACAUUUCUCACCAACCAUCUAAUUACCAUGUACUCAAAAUGUGGAGCUAUUCACUACGCUCACAACCUGUUCGACAAAAUGUCUCAAAGAAACAUUGUUUCCUGGACAGCUAUGAUCACUGGGUUUUCUCAAAACUUGUGGUUACCAGAAGCAUUAAAAGCCUUUUCCCAAAUGAGAAUUUCUGGUAUGAACCCAACCCAGUUUGCAUUAGCAAGUAUCAUCAAAGUUUGCUUGUCUCUCAGGUCGAUUACACUCGGGAAGCAAAUGCAUUGUCUUGCUUUAAAAUCCGGGCUUGAUUCGAAUCUCUAUGUGGGGAGUAAUUUGGCUGAUAUGUACUCCAAGUGUGGAAUGAUGAUUGAUGCCUGCAAGUUCUUUGAGGUUAUUCCAUGUAAAGAUGCUGUGUUGUGGACUGCAAUGGUUGAUGGAUAUGCAAAGAAUGGUGAGUCUGAAAAAGCUUUGGUAGCUUUUAAGAGGAUGAUUAAGGAUGGGAUUCUUAUGGAUCCUCAUAUUCUUAGUGCGACAUUAAGUGCUUGUGCCGCUAAUAAAGCUUAUAAGUUUGGAAUGUGUCUUCAUUCCAGUGUUGUAAAGUUAGGAUUUGAGUCAAAGGUUGUUGUGGGUAAUGCUCUCCUAGAUAUGUACUCUAAAGUAGGAGACAUGGAAAGUGCUUCUAAUGUGUUUGUGAUUGUUUCAGAACACAAAAAUAUUGUGUCUUUCACAUCCUUGAUUGAUGGGUAUGGCGAAAUGGAUAGAAUUGACGAUGCUUUAGACAUGUUUGUUGAGUUGAGGAGGCAGGGAAUUGAACCCAAUGAGUACACUUUCUCAAGCUUGAUCAAGGCUUGUGCCAACCAAGCUGCACUAGAACAAGGAGCUCAGCUUCAGGCCCAAGUGAUUAAGCUUAAUUUUGAUUCAGAACCCUACAUUUCAGCCAGUCUUGUUAAUAUGUAUGGGAAAUGUGGGUUGGUUGAUCAUUCAUUUCAAGUAUUCAAUGAGAUAAGAAACCCAACUGAGAUUGCAUGGGAUGCCUUACUUAAUGUGUUUUCACAGCAUGGUUUAGGAAAAGAAAUGAUGGGAACAUUUGACAAAAUGGUUCUUGAAGUAAAACCAAAUGCAAUGACAUUCACCAGUCUUUUAUCUGGGUGCAGCCAUGCUGGUUUAGUGGAAGAAGGGCUAAGUUAUUUCCAUUUCAUGGAGAAGAAAUAUGGAGUAGUACCUAGAGAAGAACAUUACAACUGUGUUAUCAAUUUACUUGGCAGGGCAGGGAGGCUUAAAGAGGCUGAAGACUUUAUAAACAGUAUGCCAUUUGAGGCAAAUGCUUUCGGAUGGUGUUCUUUUCUUGGAGCUUGCAGGGUCCACGGUGAUGCCGAGAGGGGCAAACUUGCAGCUGAAAGGCUGAUCAAGCUUGAACCCGAAAACAGUGGAGCUCUUGUUCUGCUUUCGAAUCUUUAUGCGAAGGAGGGAAAAUGGGAAGAAGUGAGAGCUUUGAGAACAAUGAUGAAAGAAGGAAACAUCAAGAAGUUGCCGGGUUAUAGUUGGGUUGAUAUUAGAGAAAAAACUCAUAUCUUUGGAUCCGAAGAUUGGUCUCAUCCUCAGAGGAAGGAAAUCUAUGAAAAGCUUGACUGUCUUCUUGAUCAGAUAAAGGAAGCUGGAUAUGUUCCUUGCACUGCUUCAGUCCCACUUGACAUAAAUGACAAUGAAAAGCUGCAGUUUCUUCACCAUCACAGUGAGAGAAUAGCUAUUGCAUUUGCUUUACUAAAUAUGCCAUUUGGGAAACCAAUUAUAGUUAAGAAAAAUUUAAGGGUGUGUUUGGAUUGCCAUUCUGCGAUCAAGUUCAUCUCUAAGGUGACUGGGAGAAAGAUUAUUGUUAGGGAUAGUAGCAGAUUUCACCAUUUUGCAGAUGGGUGGUGCUCUUGUGGAGAUUACUGGUAACAGUUUAGAUUUUACAGGGUCUGAGAUUCAAUGGCCAAAGAUAUAGUUUAUAGAAUCUGAUCAGCCAUAAAUUUAUUCAACAAAUAAACUCUGGUAGCUAAAAAAAUCUACAGUGUUUUCAGCCUAGUCUUUUCAACUUUCAAUUUUCAAUGACUCGGAAGAUAAUUUAGAUAGCUUAAAAUCAGAAAGUGAUGUAAGGCAUUAUGAGAGCCUCAGAAAUUGGUUGGUAAUCAAUGCAAACCAAUUUUUUUGAACCAUUGGUGGCUCUACAUAACUCUCAAUGGAAAAUUCUGUACAAGCCAAUAUCUAUUCAAAUUUGAUAAGAAAAAGAAAAGAACAAGCUCCGAGCACUUGAGCAUGGUUCUUAGGCACACAAACAAACACCUGAGAACAUAUUAUUACCCUCUACUUGAUACUGGUAUAUAUGCUAUAUAUCAGGGAAAAACAACUAACAAAGGGCACGACACGUAUCUAAAUACCUAGCAAGGAGUAUAUUAAAAUCCUAAGAAGGGAUGCUAAACUCAAAGAACGAAUUUGGAUUAGAUCAAGCAUGAAGUUUUAUUGGGAGAUAUCCAACACACGUCAGACUCUUGGAAAACGUGAGCGCCCUUUCUUCUUCAAGAAAUCGGGAAUUUCGACUGCACUACCAUCGGUGUAAGAGGAUGGCCGCCGAUUGAUUCCAAGGCUGAUGUCUCCUUGUGCCUGC